AGAAGAAAUGCAUCCAUCCAGGUUCUACGGACACAGGCGGGGCUCUGUGGUGCUCAACUUACCUGGACUUGAGGUGUUCCCCGGGGACCUUCUGGUGUCAGAUGGAGCUGCCGAUUACCUGUGCCACCCACUUCUGCUGCUGAAUUCAGACUCCAAAAAGCCAAGAUGGCCUUUCUCCAAGAGAGGAGUGGGCAAAGACAAACACAAGUACGUAUCUGAUCUGGAAAACUGCCUCUCCUCCGUGAAGAUUACAGACUUCAGGGGCUAUGAGUUCCAGAGCCUUAAGGACAAGACCUGGAACGAAGUCGUGGAAACACAUCAAAAACUUCGUACUGAUCAGUCAGACCUGAAAAUGCAGCAAGAGGCUGUGUGGGAGCUCUUCACAAGUGAAUGCACCUAUUUCUUGGACCAUUUAUUAGUUCUUAAGAUGAUCUUCAUGAAUACAUUAAAAUAUCUACAAACUCAUGAAUAUCUCCUGGAUGUGGAUUUAUGGAGACUUUUUGCAAAUCUGGAGGAGUUAAGUCAGACAAGCUUUGGUUUUGUGAACAGUCUUUGGGGCGUCAUCAAGGACUAUAUCGACACUUCUGAGACUUCACCAUCGAUGGAUUUCAUGUCUGUUUUCACAAAGGAUUUCCGAGGCAGCCUCUGUCAGAGCCACCAGACCUACUGCCUGAACUACUCAGCCGCUGUCUUUUACCUUGAGAGCCUGAGGCGAAGAGACGACUUUGGAAUUUAUUUGAAAUGGUGUGAGCAAAAUGAGCAGUGCAGACGGCUUCACCUGCCCGAGCUACUAGUGGCACCACUGCACAGGCUGACUCGAUACCCCUUGUUGCUGAGGAAUAUCUGGAAAAGGAGUACAGACUCUACGGAGAAAAUCAUGAUCUACUCCAUCAAAGAAAAGGUGGAAAAGUCGAUCCGGGAUCUUGAAGGAAAAGUGAAGUGGCUUGACAAUUUCCAAAAAUGUAGACAUCUACAGGAGAUUAUAGUGUGGCCUCCGCUUUGGGAGAGAGACAAAAGAUUUUUUAUUCCAGAGUGCCUGAAACAUAUUUUUAAAGAACACAUGGCAGAAAGCAUCUUGUCACCAACCAACAGACACCUUCUCUAUGAAGGGAAAUUAACUCUUGCAGAAAGCACAAGAUUCCUAGAUGUUUAUCUGUUUCUCUUCGAUGAUUUCCUCUUGGUUACAAAAAUGAAGCGCAACAAAAAGAAACUUGGAGGCUCGGACACUGGUUUAAUGUGCCCUUCACUUACUCUCGAGUUGCAAACAGUAAUAAAAGAGGGUGGUUCGUGUACAGUUCUUGAUCAGCCCAUUCCACUAGAUAGAUUGGUGGUCAAAAGUAUCGAUCCACUCCAUGUGUCAGUCUUUGGGCUGAGAAAUGCUUUCCUUAUACAACAUGAAAACAGAUACCGACAGUGUAUAGCAGCGUUCUUACUACAAGCCCAAACGGAAAACACCAAAAAAACAUGGAUGGCACAAAUAGCAGCAGCAAUCUCUUGCUUCACCAAGAGUCAGGAAACCAAGAAAAUAUCUUUAUUCACAUUGCCUGCAGAAUCCUCUGAAAUUUAGAUAUCUAAAACAAGUGGCACAUCUUUUUAGACAGUAGGGAUUAAGGUAUUCUUUUAUUCAAGCUUUUGUAACACUUAGUGAUGAGCUAGAAGGAAAUGUGCAUUUGAAAGGACUUCCAGAAUUGGAGAAUUUGAGCCAGAAAAGUCCUCAGUAUAGAGGAAUAAUGACUGCAGCAAAUUUGAGCUCUGAGGAAUUUCCUGCCAAAUAUAUGCUGACAUCCAGACUACCUUACAAUGUUUCAGCCAGGCUGGCAAGAGGUGCCAGUGAAGCAUGGUGAUGUUGUAAUUUGUAAGUAGUCAAUGAUCAGGUAAAUGGAAUGUCAGGAGGAAAACAAUGUCCACCACAUGUACCCAAUAUGAAUCUACCAUCUUCCUUUGUGUUUAUCUAUAAUGAAACCAAUUUUCUUAUAUGGCUUGUAAACCAGCUGUGUAGUCCUACCUCACACUCAGUAGUACUUGAUACAAAGUUUGAUUGCUUUCUUAAUAUAUUAAGAAAUAAGACAUAUUUUAGUAGUUUAAAAAUUCCUAUUCUCUGACAGUUUACCUAUCUCAGGUGUAUUUUACAAUACUCUAACUUGGAAGUAGAGAAUCCCAAAGAGUAAAUUCUAUUAUUUUAAGAAAGAAAAAGCUGAUAUCUCUUCCAGUUUCAUUAGUUAACAUUUUUACAUGGGAGAUUUUCAUAGAAAUUAAGUUAUCUUUCUCUAAACCUCAUUUUUUGAAGAAUGAUGGAGUUUGUCAUAAAACUACUUCCUGGUUUUCAGUAGGGUGUGUGUGUGUUGUUAGCACAGUACAGUUUUAUUUGGUAGGACUUGAAGCUUCAUUAGAAUUUUUAUCAAGAAAGGCAGCUUAAACUGUAUUACUGUGGCGGAAUAUACCAUUAACUGCGCUUAAGGAACUAGUUCUUAUAGUCAGAUUAUAUCCAAAAAAUCCACAAAUUUCAAUUUCAGGCAUGGUACCUUUUGCAAUUUCCAAAGUGGAAAUGGUAAAUUUAUUAACCUGGGCUUCUAGACAAAUGAUGCCUUAACUGAUCUCCUUCAGAGGGAGAAAGAAAUAGAGAGGAUGAUGCCUGGGGAAGUCAUGUGCACAAUUCCUUGAGGAAAACACAUAUUUCAUCAUAUAAACCAGGCAGUACAGACAAGGGUAGCAUAAAGGCUCUUGUGCGAAGGCCAACCAGUAUUAAAAUGAAGGGUCAUAGUCUAUCUAAUGAUGUCAGAUAUUUAUUAGAGUAAGUGAAAAUAAAGGAAAAUCUGGAAAGCAGUAACUACUGUUAAUGUCUAAGAAUCAGUGAGGGAAAACAAAGAACCAAGAAGGGAAGAACAGAUUUCAAAUGAGUUUCUAGAGAUGGUGCCUGGAUGGAACUGAAAGUAAUCAUGUCAAGGAGAAGACAACAUAGAUUUAUGCAAGAGAAGAUUC